AUGGCAUCCCGCAAGAAGGUGUUGUUGAAGGUGAUCAUUCUUGGAGAUAGCGGUGUGGGAAAGACGAGUUUGAUGAAUCAAUAUGUCAACAAGAAGUUCAGCGCCAGUUAUAAAGCGACGAUUGGAGCGGACUUUCUUACAAAGGAGGUUCUUGUGGAUGACCGGCUGCUUUGGGAUACCGCCGGGCAAGAGCGUUUUCAGUCAUUGGGUGUCGCAUUCUACCGAGGAGCCGACUGCUGUGUUCUGGUCUACGAUGUGAACAAUUCCAAGAGUUUUGAAGCUCUUGACAGCUGGCGAGACGAAUUUCUCAUCCAAGCGAGCCCUCGGGACCCCGAGAGCUUCCCUUUUGUCGUGAUCGGUAAUAAAAUCGACGUUGAAGAAAACAAGAGAAUGAUAUCAUCAAAGCGAGCCAUGACCUUUUGCCAGUCCAAAGGCAAUCUCCCAUAUUUUGAGACUAGCGCCAAGGAGGCACUGAAUGUCGAGCAAGCAUUUGAGGUGAUUGCCCGUAGCGCACUUGCACAAGAAGAGUCAGAGGAAUAUGGCGGGGGAGAUUUCGGCGAUCCGAUAGACAUUCGACUUGAUGACCGUGACAGUUGCGCUUGCUAA